AUGUAUGUUAAAGGUGUGCCGAACCCUGCAUCUUCCAGUACCAACCCUGAAUCUUCCAGUACCGGCCCUGAAUGUUCCAGUACCGGCAAUGACUCUUCCAGUACCAACCCUGAAUCUUCCAGUACCGGCAAUGACUCUUCCAGUACCGGCCCUGAAUCUUCCAGUACCGGCAAUGGCUCUUACAGUACCAACUCUGAAUCUUCCAGUAUCAACCCUGAAUCUUCCAGUACCAACCCUGAAUCAUCCAGUACCGGCCCUGAAUCUUCCAGUACCGGCAAUGACUCUUCCAGUACCGGCCCUGAAUCAUCCAGUACCGGCAAUGACUCUUCCAGUACCGGCCCUGAAUCUUCCAGUACCGGCAAUGACUCUUCCAGUACCAACCCUGAAUCUUCCAGUGCCAACCCUGAAUGUUCCAAUUCACAUUCCAUCACAGUUCGUGACCAAGAAAAGUCGAUCCAUCACCUGAGCCAGGAUUAUCCAUCACGGCACCAGAGUGGCUCCAUCACCCUCAACCCUCACCAUCCACGUCACCAGAGUGGCUCCAUCACCCUCACCAUCCACGUCACCAGAGUGGCUCCAUCACCCUCACCAUCCACGUCACCAGAGUGGCUCCAUCACCCUCACCAUCCACGUCACCAGAGUGGCUCCAUCACCCUCAACCAUCACCAUCCACGGCACCAGAGUGGCUCUAUCACCCUCACCAUCCACGUCACCAGAGUGGCUCCAUCACCCUCAACCCUCACCAUCCACGUCACCAGAGUGGCUCCAUCACCCUCAACCCUCACCAUCCACGGCACCAGAGUGGGUCCAUCACCCCCAACACUCACCAUCCACGGCACCAGAGUGGGUCCAUCACCCCCAACACUCACCAUCCACGGCACCAGAGUGGGUCCAUCACCCCCAACACUCACCAUCCACCUCACCAGAGUGGCUGUAUCACCCUCACCAUCCACGUCACCAGAGUGGCUCCAUCACCCUCAACCCUCACCAUCCACGGCACCAGAGUGGCUCUAUCACCCUCAACCAUCACCAUCCACGGCACCAGAGUGGCUCCAUCACCCUCAACACUCACCAUCCACGUCACCAGAGUGGGACCAUCACCCUCAACACUCACCAUCCACGGCACCAGAGUGGCUCCAUCACCCUCAACACUCACCAUCCACGGCACCAGAGUGGGUCCAUCACCCCCAACACUCACCAUCCACCUCACCAGAGUGGCUCUAUCACCCUCACCAUCCACGUCACCAGAGUGGGACCAUCACCCUCAACACUCACCAUCCACGUCACCAGAGUGGGACCAUCACCCUCAACACUCACCAUCCACGUCACCAGAGUGGGACCAUCACCCUCAACACUCACCAUCCACGUCACCAGAGUGACUCCAUCACCCUCAACACUCACCAUCCACGUCACCAGAGUGGGACCAUCACCCCCAACACUCACCAUCCACGUCACCAGAGUGGGACCAUCACCCUCAACACUCACCAUCCACGGCACCAGAGUGGCUCCAUCACCCUCAACACUCACCAUCCACGUCACCAGAGUGGGACCAUCACCCUCAACACUCACCAUCCACGGCACCAGAGUGGCUCCAUCACCCUCAACACUCACCAUCCACGUCACCAGAGUGGGACCAUCACCCCCAACACUCACCAUCCACGGCACCAGAGUGGCUCCAUCACCCUCAACACUCACCAUCCACGUCACCAGAGUGGGACCAUCACCCUCAACACUCACCAUCCACGUCACCAGAGUGGGACCAUCACCCUCAACACUCACCAUCCACGUCACCAGAGUGGGACCAUCACCCUCAACACUCACCAUCCACGUCACCAGAGUGGGACCAUCACCCCCAACACUCACCAUCCACGUCACCAGAGUGGGACCAUCACCCUCAACACUCACCAUCCACGGCACCAGAGUGGGACCAUCACCCUCAACACUCACCAUCCACGGCACCAGAGUGGGACCAUCACCCUCAACACUCACCAUCCACGGCACCAGAGUGGCUCCAUCACCCUCAACACUCACCAUCCACGUCACCAGAGUGGGACCAUCACCCUCAACACUCACCAUCCACGUCACCAGAGUGGGACCAUCACCCUCAACACUCACCAUCCACGUCACCAGAGUGGGACCAUCACCCCCAACACUCACCAUCCACGUCACCAGAGUGGGACCAUCACCCCAACACUCACCAUCCACGUCACCAGAGUGGGACCAUCACCCUCAACACUCACCAUCCACGGCACCAGAGUGGGACCAUCACCCUCAACACUCACCAUCCACGGCACCAGAGUGGCUCCAUCACCCUCAACACUCACCAUCCACGUCACCAGAGUGGGACCAUCACCCUCAACACUCACCAUCCACGUCACCAGAAAGUUGAUCACCUUUGCAGAGGUUGAUGGUGCCUGCACCAAGCCAGAGGUCAAUAACCUCGUGCAGGGCAAUGGUCACUACUCUGUGUGGGUAUUCAGCACUUGUAAAAGUGCUGUAACCAAGGCUGUGUGUGUGCCUGUAAGCUGCUUGUAUGACUAG